UUUAUUACCAGCUUUUAAGAGCCAAGUAUCGCUUGCCAUUUGAAACGAAAUCAAUAAAAAUGAUGAACAUUAAAAAUCACAGUUUUAAAUUCGUGUUUUUCCUAUUUUGCUUGUCACAAGUACAAGCAGGUACAAAACUUCUUCCUGAAAAAUCAGACAAUCCAUUUGAUGAAUUAUUCAAAGAGAUUUCUAAGUCGGCUUACAGGAUCUCAGAGAAAAUCCAAUCUAGAUUAAAUGAAGCUGAUUUACAUAUCGAUCAAUACAUCGAUAAUGUAAAAGAAAAAGUUGAAAACACUAAUGUCCAAUUUCAAAGUAUUCUCCAAAAGCUUGAAGAAAGUGUAGAGCAAAUGCAUAAAAAAAUUUGUGAUGUCGUUCAACGUCAAAUCGAGCAUAUUAGCGAAGAAUUAAAAGCAAGGGAUCCAGAAAUCGGUGAAAAGAUCAAAAAAUUAAAAGCAGAAUUAGCUGAAUUGAAAGAAGACCUUGUAAAAUUAUACGAAGAAAUCAAGAAACCGGUUUUGGAACAUUUCAAUGAAGUUAGGGAUGAUAUCAGAAUCAAAACCAAACCAAUUGUCAAACGUUGGACACCAAUUGUCAAAGACAUUGAAGAGAUUAUUUUGGCUUUGAUCCCUGAAAAGAAUAAGAAAGAAAUCAAGAAAAACUAAUAAAUAAGACUUAUUAAUUUAUAUAAUUCAACAUUUUAUUCGUUGUGAAUUUUCUGUCAAAAAUGUUAUGAAAUAUUUAAUUGUUGUGAAAAGUAAAACUUGUCAUAGCAAUUUUACUUUUA